GGGGGGAGAGAAAUCAGAGGCCCAAAAUGGUCUAUUGGUAAAUGCAUUGCGCUCGGUGCUUUGGGACUCCGCGUCUCCGCUUCUUUCUUCCAUCUUCUUCAUAUUAUCGCAUAUAUAAAUUCAGAGAGAGAGAUGAAGACGGAAUAGGAGGAGGAAGAAAGAGAGAGUGCAAGAGAAGAAGAAGAAGGGAGAGGCGAUGAUGGUGUGGGAGGGUCAGCAACAGCAGAAGGAGCAGAGGCAGCAGCUACAGCAUGGGAGUGGGAAUGGGAAUGGGGGAGAUGCUGGGAAUGGAGGAUUGAUGUACGUGAAGGUGAUGACGGACGAACAAUUGGAAGUGCUUCGCAAGCAAAUCUCUGUUUACGCCACCAUUUGCGAGAUCCUUGUCGAGAUGCACAGAACCCUCUCUUCCGCGCAACUCGAUCUCUCCGGAGCUAGUCUGGGAAGUCUAUACUGUGAUCCAUCAGUGGCUUCUGUUGGUCACAAAAUUCCCUCCAGGCAACGGUGGACUCCUACGCCCCUACAGCUUCAAAUUCUCGAGAGCAUCUUUGAUCAAGGGACUGGAACUCCAAGCAAGCAAAAGAUCAAAGACAUAACAUCUGAACUAUCUCAACAUGGCCAAAUCUCUGAGACAAACGUCUAUAAUUGGUUCCAGAACAGGCGUGCUCGAUCUAAGAGGAAGCAACAUGUUGCUGCACCAAGCAAUGCCGAGUCCGAAGUCGAGACGGAAGUCGAGUCGCCCAAGGAGAAGAAGACGAAGCCGGAGGAUUUCCAGUCUCAGAAAAACCCUGUUCCUAGGGCGGAGGAUCUGUGCUUCCAAAGCCCACAGAGAAGUUCUGAGAUGCAUUCUGUGGAUCCUCAGUUCAACAAAGCCGAGACUAUGUUUCCUUCUGGAGACGGUUCCAAACCUGCCAGGAGCUUGGGCCAAAUAUCUUUCUAUGAGAGUGCGCUAUCAGACCCAAAAUGGAAUGAGGCGGAAAUGAAGAGAAAGAAAAUUUGAAUGAAGAAAAUGAAAGAUCCAUUCCAUUUCGUCUGAUUUCAUUCUAUACUUGCAUAUCAAACGUGUAGCUAGCGUUUAUAAAAGAAUGCUGAAAGGGAUUGGGUGCAAUGGUUUUUUCCCUAUUCUGCACUAAGUAGGUCAUGCCUUCUGCUAGAUCCCAGGCCACAUCCCAUGUUCUCUUGUGCUAAACUGCUGACGCUCAUACAUUUCUCUAUUGCCGGAGUGGAGUCCUUGGUCCUUCUGAACAUCUUAGCCCUCCAAAAAAAAAAAAAAAAAUUCCUACAACAUGAUUUCCCACUUCUUAUUCUGCAGCAUUCUCAAGAACUGCUCUCCCUCCAAUCUUGUAGAGAAUGAGUGAUGCAACUGAAUUCAUGUAUACUGCCAUUGGUUACAAGCCGUCAGAUUAAUUAGAGUUCUUGUUAUUGCAUAGCAGCUAUUAGUAUAGUAGUGGUGUUGCAUAUUACUCCCUAGGGUUAUACCCUUACAGGCACACAGCAAAUAUGAAAAUAGAGAAAUUCAAAAGGGGAAUGAAUACAAAUUUACAUGGUUAAUUAAUGUGUCUGUGUCCAGAGUGCCUGUCUAAUUUUCACUAUUAAACAAAAAUUGUCUUAGUUUUCAAUCAUCGAAUAUAAUGUUUGUAUAGUCUCAUAUGAUAAUCUCAAAAUAUACUCAUAUGAUAAUAAAAUUACAUUGUUCCAUUAUAUGCUACCGCAGACACUCCCCCAACAUACCACUACUUAAACUUACUUUAAGUAAACAGGGAGGUCUCGCACAUGAAGGGCUCAAGACCGGCAGCCUUCAAGUGGAUAAACUUCUCAAUAUGAACCACAACUCAACAAGUGGCAUGGUGGAUUGUCUACAGAUUAUAUGAGAGUUUAUUAGGCAGCAGUAACCUUAGCAGAGAUCUUGAUUAGACCUAGGAAAAAUGUUAGGGCACUUACUGGAAAUUUUUAUCAUGAUAUAGGGGCAUUUGGGUUCAUGCUUGUAUGAAAUUAUAAGUAUGAUUGUUAAUCAAGUAUUCUUGUCAUAAUUGCUGUUCGUAAAGUACAUAUAUAUAUAUUUCAAAUGAAUUUUUCAUUUUUAUCUUAUAUCCAUUUUCACUCCAAUCUUGAACUGCAAAUUUAAAAUGCCUGGGUUGUGUGGAAAAUGCAGGGAGCAGCCACUUGAUUGAGAAGUUGGAAGUGUCAGGGAGCUAUGGUCUGUAUCAGCAGCAGGGAGCAGAAAACUACAACAUUACAGGCUAAAAGCCCAUCGUGGUGCUUGUUAUUUUCUGUCGAACAAAAAUCAUAUUUUGGGUUAAUUUACUGAGUUCGAUGGCUACCAAAGCAAAAAGACAUCUUUUUGGGGAAAUAUAUAUAUGGACAAACACGUGCGCCUGACAUAAAUAGGAGUAGAGUAAUUAGAGCUUGUUGAUAUUAAUGGACUUUGUUUUUGUCAGAGAAUGGAUGCAUACUCUUCUUUAUGGCCU